AAGCAAAGCACAUUUUUCUGCCUCAAAGGCUGAUAGAUCAAGCUUACAAGUGUUUGGAGGCUAGUAAGCGGGGGUUGAAAUGAAACUUCGAAUACACGAGGCAGAAAAGAAGUGCUUUUGCUUUAUUUUGUUAUUUUUUUAUUUUGUUAUUUUUCCUUGUUCCAAGUCUUUUCUAUAUUUCUUUCUUAUUGUAUAUUAUCUUUAUUAUUCCAAUAAAAUAGAAUCACUUCCAAUAACCUAUUAUCCAUCCUAUUCUUCACUUGUCAUCUUUGUUUUUUUAAAAAAAAAGACUUCUUUUAUUAUCAUCUACGGCAAACUCUAUUCUAUUUUAUUUAAAACGAACAUGGUAGAAUUGGUUGAUCGAAGGUCGGACACUACACCUGUUCUUACUGAUACCAUUGUCGACAAGCUUCGACCUUUUUUACCACAAAGAUACCGAUUAGCAACGCGAUGGAGUUUACUUUAUAGUUUGGAUCAACAUGGUAUCAGUUUAUCCACUUUAUAUCGAUUAGUAAAAAACAACAAAGGUCCUUGCUUACUUGCUAUCAAAGAUGCCAAUGAUCAGGUUUUUGGUGCAUUCCUGAAUGAAACUUUGAAACCAACUACUCAUUAUUAUGGUACAGGUGAAUGUUUCUUAUGGCGAACAACUUCAACUGGAUUAAAAGCUUAUUCUUGGACUGGCAUGAAUGAAUAUAUGAUCUUAUCCGAGCAUGAAUUUAUUGCUAUUGGCGGAGGGGACGGUAAAUUUGGACUUUGGAUCAAUGGUGAUUUAGAUAAAGGAUAUAGUUCAUCAUGUCCUACAUUCAACAAUGAACCAUUAUCUAUUCAACCAGAAUUCAAUUGUAUAGAAUUGGAAAUAUGGGGUUUUAGAAUUUAAAAGUUAUUAGUUUUUAGUCAUUUUAUUGAAUAAUAAAAAAAAAGGGUUGAAUUGAAAAAGGGAAAAUGUUGGGGACAUCUGUUUCGGGGAAAUGUAUCGUCA